AUGCUGCGCAUCAGCAUGCUCUCGGGGGUAGAGCUGACGUUCCCGGUGGAAGAGCUUAGCGAUGUUCGUGCCUUAAAGCAGACGCUGCAUCGCCUGCACGGUAUGCCGCCACGAUUCAGGCAAAGCUUGAUCCUGGACGGCCAGGAUCUUCCUGACGAUACCCGGCUGGACUCCCCUUUGGACCUGGAGAUCGUCCUCAUGAGCUUUCUCGAGAUUUCGCAGGAGCAAGCUGACAAACUCGUGCGUGCCUGCGAGUAUGGCCGUCAGGACGAGGUUGACAGAAUGCUGCGGGCACCCUACGACCCCAAUCGGGCCGACCAAUUUGGCACGCGGCCGCUGGUCAGGGCCUGCAAGCUGGGCUCCACCGAAUCGGUGCGGCUACUCUUAGAGGCCAGGGCUGACCCGAACUUGCCAAACACAGAUGGCUUCACUGCGCUAAUGAUGGUCUCUGACUCUGGCCGUGUGCACCUGAUACACAUGCUGCUGGAGGCGGGUGCAGACAUCGAACUGGGCAACUCGUACGACACCCCGGCUUUGCUCUUAGCAGCCGCCGAGGGGCAAGUGAACGUCGCGCGCGCCCUUCUGGAGGCCGGUGCCAACAAGGACCGCACCAACACCUUUGGCUUCACCGCGCUGAUUAUGGCCGCCCGGAUGGGUCACCUCGAGGUCGCACAGCUGCUGCUGGAUGCUGGCUGCGACAAGAACUAUUCCAUGAAGGAUGGCAUGACGGCGCUUCUUGGUGCAGCCCGGUCGGGGCACUGCGACAUCGUGAAGCUGCUGCUCGAGGCCGGCUGCCGUAAGGACCCCGUCGACCAUGAGGGCAACACAGCCUUGAUGCUGGCAACGAGAGCUGGGCGCCGCGACAUCGUUCGCGUGCUGGAGGCUGCGAGCAGCGACGGUGACGACGACUUCCUGAGAGACCUUGACACGCAGACAUUUUGA